AUCAGGCGUACUCUUACUCUCCCCCUACCAGUGACUCGAGGUAGCCAGCUGUCCACGUUAUUAACACCUCAGACAUUCCCCCCUGCUACAUUCAGAACAGGGUACUCCAUCACUUGACAUUUGUCUGCUAUAUCUUUCGAUGUGACCACUCUUUCUGAACUUUUUAUCGGUACUCGGCUUUGCUACGCGACUGACUGGCUGUCCUCAUGCACUCGCCAUUGACCGAGCCUCACAUCGUUGACCUCCGACUCUUCACGAUUCGAAUCCUCCUUUCCCACUGGCGAACUUUUCCUGCAUAACCGAUCCACACUAAGAACACCUCAAAACCUUCAGCUGGAGCACGAGGUCCCAGAAAAACCCUCAACAGUCUGUACAAUCUCGGAUUGCAGGGGUAGUCGUCGUCCGACUGCCCUUCCCACGCCGUCAACAUUCCUUCUCCUCCCCGCUACCCCGAAUCGUCCCUCCACCACCGAUCGCACUCAACUCGUUCCAAGAUUGAGCUCGGAAAUCACACUGCUGCAUUGCCGUCCCAAGCGGAGAACGAGAAACACGAGAGCUAUCGGCGACCGUCUUACUCCUCGGCUACGGAAUCUGACGACUUCUCCCUUUGGAGUGAUACUGGAGAUCUCGCAGAACAGCUUGCCAACGACGAGGAUCCAUAUCGGAUUGAGCUUGACCCGCUUACCAGGGAAGGUCAAAGACUCAAGGCCUCCGGUCACGGUGGAGGACGGAAGAAGAAAGUCGGUUUCAAAGAACACGAUCAUCUCGAGCGGAGUUCUCUCAUAGGAAUAAAUAAAGAGGCUAUCUUCAUUCCGGAGCCUCCACCGAGGCACAUAUCUAAGGCAGAAAGACUCCUGGCUCUUAUCAUGUCUCCAAAUGACCCUCAAGCCGCUCGGGCCAAAGGCCUCGUUGGCAAACCUCUCUUAUAUUUCACGAGUGUUUUUGUGUCUUUGGGGGUUUUUCUCUUCGGUUACGACCAAGGCGUCAUGUCUGGCAUUAUUACGUAUGUUGUUUGCCCGGUUCACUCUCCCUGCCGCUGACAAAGUGAAGCGGCCCCUUCUUCAGGGAUUAUUUCAAUCAGCCUGGCCCUGCCGAGGUCGGAACUAUGGUUGCAAUUCUCGAGAUUGGAGCCCUUAUCGCGUCAAUAGGUGUUGGCAGAAUCGGAGAUAUCAUCGGUCGUCGACGGACCAUCCUUUACGGAUCCAUGGUCUUCUUCGUCGGCGGCAUGUUGCAGACCUUUGCAAAUGGCAUGCCCAUGAUGAUGGUCGGGAGAUUCAUUGCAGGUCUGGGCGUCGGUGCACUUUCCACCAUUGUCCCUGUCUAUCAAUCCGAGAUCAGUCCACCGCAUAAUCGUGGCAAGUUGGCAUGCAUAGAAUUUACGGGCAACAUCACCGGCUAUGCUGCAAGUGUCUGGGUGGAUUACUUCUGCAGUUAUAUCCAGAGCGAUUAUUCUUGGCGGACACCUCUCCUCAUGCAGUGCCUCAUGGGAGCUUUUCUUGGGUUUGGCAGUUUGAUUAUCUGUGAAUCCCCAAGAUGGCUUUUGGACAACGAUCAUGACGAAGAGGGCAUUAUUGUCAUUGCUAAUCUUUACGGAAAGGGAGACAUCCACAAUCCCAAAGCUCGACAAGAGUACCGAGAAAUCAAGAUGAAUGUCCUGUUGCAGCGGCAAGAAGGAGAACGGUCAUACACGGACAUGUUCAAAAGAUACCGCAAGCGCGUCUUUAUUGCCAUGUCAGCUCAGGCUUUCGCGCAAUUGAACGGCAUCAAUGUCAUCUCAUACUAUGCGCCGCUCGUCUUUGAGUCGGCAGGGUGGAUGGGACGAGAUGCAAUCCUCAUGACUGGUAUCAACGCCAUCUCGUACUUGGCUUCGACCAUUCCACCCUGGUACUUGGUUGAUAAGUGGGGAAGACGACCUAUUCUUCUGUCGGGCGCGGUGGCUAUGAUCAUUUCGUUGUCGCUAAUAUCCUACUUCAUCUUCAUUGAUGUGAAGUACACUCCGCCACUGGUGGUCCUCUUUGUCAUGGUAUAUAAUGCUGCGUUUGGUGCAAGCUGGGGUCCAAUUCCGUGGCUCUACCCCCCAGAAAUCUUGCCUCUGAGCAUUCGGGCCAAAGGUGCUAGUCUGAGCACGGCCAGCAACUGGGCUUUCAACUUUUUGGUGGGAGAGCUCACACCAGUUCUGCAAGGCGCCAUCAAAUGGCGAUUAUACCUCGUCCACGCCUUCUUCUGCGCCGUGAGUUUUGUUCUUGUAUAUUUUGUCUAUCCAGAGACUGCCAACGUCCGCCUCGAAGAUAUGAAUGCGCUCUUUGGUGAUGCUACGACCGCAAUGCCCACACCAGCAACCCAAGCAGAACGAGGUUCUCUCAUGGGCGUUGGCUCACCUUCCUCGAUCGACAUCAGACAAGGAGCAGAUGGAUCCGGGCCCUUCUCAGCUAGCGACGCUAUUCCGGGCCUCGAUAUCGACCCACCCGAUGUUGACCUAGACGCAAAUGGUAGGCCACGGGGGAGAAGCGAUAGCACCCAAGGUCUCGGCAACUGGAUUGGACGAAUGGUGUCAAGAUCACGCCAAGAAAGUGGUUCCCGUGGACAGUAUAACAAAGUCAGACAGGACGGAGACUGAGUUACACGAGCGGGUGUAUCUAUUUCAUGUCAUGACGGCGGUUUCUUUGGAAGAUAGAUUUGAAUCGCAGCGGUGCAGGAGUCCUGGCUAUAUAACAGAGGGAAGAGAUUCCCGGAGAGUGUCUGUGUCUAUGACACUAUGACAAUGUCUUGUUGGUUGAUUCUCUUGGAAAUUCAUGUCGAGUGGCUCAGUCGAACCAAUUUGGGCCGGUGGUCAAGUUAAUGUAUAGCUACCUAGAAUACGGAGUAUGCCUGGAGGGAACCACAAGAGGAUAUGAAUUCCUGAUGGACAGCUCGAUUAUGAAUAUGACCUGGUGUACUUAAGAUAAUGAGGGGGCACAGGCACA